AUGAAAACAAUACCAGUUGUGUGCGAGAAUAAGGAAUGUCCUUGGGCUGGAUUAUUUUCCGAAUAUCAGAUUCAUUAUCAAAGUUGUCCAAAAAUGAAAGUACGAUGCAGUUAUUGUGACAUCGAGCUACUCAGAGACGAGCUCUCCCGUCACACAGCUGUGGAAGGUGGUGAUUGUCCAAAGAAAAGACAGAUGUGUGCAUUUCAUACAAUUGGCUGUAACACUAUGGUGGAAAUAGGUCAAGAAACAGAGAACAACGUUUCCGAGAGUCAACACCACACUGACUUACUCCUCAGAAAGGUCACCGAGUUGGGAAAUAUGAUGAUCUCAACUCAAGAACGAAAUGUACAAAUACGCCAACUGCACACCGCUGUCGAAGGUGGAACGACUGACAUCCAGGCAAUACAGACACGGCUGCACAAGGUUGAAGCUGAAGUGCGGGCGUGCAUAGAUGCUGGGGAAAGGAGCCGCGCUGAUGAUAACACGGAUGUUGGUAAGGCCGAGCGACUGAGCAACGAGAUAGACCAAAUAAAUCACAAAUUAGUUGUAAUCGAUAGAAAGGUUUGCACUUCACAGGGAAUCGUGGCGAUGUUGAAUGAAAGCGUGGAGAACAAUUCCAUGAAUACUAAUAACGUCCAACAAAAUGGGAAACAGCUGAAAGAGAAGAUGCAGUCUCUUGAGGCAAAGUGCAAGGCGCAGGAUCGUAUUAUCGCAUUGAAAGAUGUAGCAAUGGCGGAGCAUGAUUUGAGGAUCCGGUCGCUUGAGAUGACGUCAUACGACGGAAUUUUGCUUUGGAAGAUUAGUGAUUUUGCUAGGAAGAGACGUGACGCAAUUUCCGGCCGUACACCAUCUAUAUAUUCUCCGUAUUUCUUCACCAGUCACCAUGGUUACAAAUUAUGUGCUAGGGUUUAUUUGAACGGGGAUGGUAUGGGGAAGGGAAAUCACGUGUCUCUGUUCUUUGUAGUGAUGAAAGGAGAGUAUGACGCAAUCUUGAAAUGGCCAUUUAGACAGAAAGUCACUUUGAUGUGGUUGGAUCAAUCUAAUAGGGAACACGUGAUUGAUGCGUUUCGACCCGAUCCUUCUUCCACUUCAUUUAAACGCCCGUCAGGUGACAUGAAUGUCGCAUCUGGAUGUCCACUCUUUAUGCCCCUGAAUACGUUAGAUAUGCCUGAACGGCAAUACGUAAAAGAUGAUGUAGCUUUCGUUAAACGACAUGAAGAAAUAUGCACAUAUGCUGUAAUCACAUGUCCCAGGGAUGGAUGUCUUCAAGAAAUCCAACAACGCUACUUGCGUGAACACUGCGACGAUGAUUGCCCGAUGCGAACAGUGAACUGCAUGUAUUGUGAUGUCCAGAUUAUAUAUCAGAACAAACAGUUAAAAGAACAUACUGACGUUGAGAAUGGCGACUGUACGAAGAAGAUGAGACCGUGUAUAUUCGCCGCUGUUGGCUGCAACAUUCUGGUUGAAAUGGAAGGAGAAGCCAGUCAUAACGAAUCGGAAAUUCAUAACCAUAUGCACCUACUCCGACUGAAGAUCGAACAAUUAAACGAAGCUAAAACAACUAUGGCGGAAGACAAGAUACACAUUCGUCAGUUGAAUUCGGCAACUGAAGGAUUGAGGAAAGAGUUAUCGAGUUUAGAAACACGUGUGCGCGACACUAGAGCCAAGAUAGAACAAAUUUCGGCACACAUGGAACACCAAAAUGACAGCUAUGACGAUAAAUACAGUGAAACUACUAAACAGAUCGGCAAACAAAUAGAUAACAUGGAGACAAAGAUUACUAGUUUAGAAAAGAAUAUCAAGACACAACAGCAAAUUGUGACAUUGUUAAAUACUGAGGUGCAGAGCAAUGCAAAUACGAUAAAGAGUAUUGAGCCAAGUAGGAAGUUUUUAGAAGAUCAACUUAACGCACUUGAAUAUAAAUGCAAAGGUCAGGAUCGCAUCAUCGCUCUCAAAGAUGUAACGCUAGCUGAGCACGAUUUGAAGAUCCAGGCACUUGAGAUGGCUUCGUAUGAUGGCAUAUUAGUUUGGAAAAUUACCGAUUUCGCUAGAAAACGGCGUGAUUCAAUCUCAGGGCGCGCGCUGUCCAUAUAUUCUCCGUAUUUCUUCACUGGUCGUCAUGGAUACAAAUUAUGUGCUCGGGUUUAUUUGAAUGGAGACGGUAUGGGGAAGGGAAAUCACGUGUCUCUGUUCUUUGUAGUGAUGAAAGGAGAGUAUGACGCAAUCUUAAAAUGGCCAUUUAGACAGAAAGUCACUUUGAUGUGGUUGGAUCAAUCUAAUCGGGAACACGUGAUUGAUGCUUUCCGACCAGAUCCCGUAUCGAAUUCAUUCCAGCGUCCAACAGGUGAUAUGAACAUUGCAUCUGGAUGCCCAUUGUUUAUGCCACUAAACAUGUUGGACAGCGCCAGGCACAUAUACGUGAAAGAUGACACAGCCUACGUUAAAAUUAUUGUAGACACACUUGAUAUAUAA